GAGUUCAGAGUUGAGUUUGUUAUGUAGCUAGCUAACUGGUAAGGGGUGUGUUAGCUUCUGGUUAUUUGAACAGUUAUUGUUAAUUAAGCUUUAAGUGACACUCGAUAAUACACCUAACGUGUACAAAAGUGUCGUCGCUAGUUUGUUUGACUUUUUUUAUGCAAGUGUUUAGAUAUAAUUUGCACGCUGCAGAGGGGGAAUGAUAAUACUAGCUGAUUAGCCACCUUGUUGGCCAGCUAACAGUUAGCUUAGUUUGUGUUCUUCCAAAUUAUUUAUUGUACCAUAAACUGACUUUGCAGGCACAGCAAGGUGAAGGACGAUUAACACGGGUUCUGUCACAGAUAUGGCAUCAACCAGACUACUAUGUUUGUUCAACAAGAAUGUAGCAGACUCGACCAAAACAUUAGCCAGAGCAAGCUGGAGUUUGAGCUGCAGGAGAAAUGUCAGCAGUUCACCUUCAAGACUGCAGAGCUGCAUGUCGGGCUGGAUCAUUGAUCAGUAUGGUACUAAUGGGGUUUUGACGUACACAGAAGACAUCCCCGUCCCCACUGUCAGUUCUCCCAGUGAUGUGAUGAUUAAAGUCUAUGCGGCUAGCCUCAACCCUCUUGAUAUAUCUAUGAGAGGUGGUUAUGGAGCUACAUUGCUUAAAUUAAAAAGGCAACCAAUGUCGGUGAUCAGCAGCGACAAUGGUAGUGAGUUUCCUCUGAUUCUUGGUCGUGAUGUGUCAGGUGUAGUGGUGGACUGUGGAUCCGAGGUUACCCAUGUUGCUCCAGGAGAUGAGGUGUGGGCUGCAGUUCCCCCAUGGAAACAAGGCAGUCUGGCAGAGUUUGUGACUCUGACAGAGUAUGAGGUUUCCCAUAAGCCAAAAUCAUUGACUCAUGCAGAGGCAGCAUCCAUCCCUUAUGUGGCCAACACAGCUCUGUCUGCGCUUGUCAAUGCAGGCGGUCUUUGCAGAGACAGCUCCUCAAAUAAAAGAGUUUUGAUUACUGGAGGAUCCGGGGGUGUCGGAACAUUCUCUAUUCAGUUAUUGAAGGCAUGGGGCGCCCACGUAACUGUAACCUGCUCUCAGAAUGCAGAGGGCCUUGUUAGAGGGUUGGGGGCCGACGAGGUGGUGGACUACACAGCAGCAGAUGCGCCUGAGCAGCUAGAAAUGAUGGAGAAGUUUGACGUGGUUCUGGACAACGUGGGUGGGGAAACUGAGCAGUUGGUGUUGGGUCUGCUGAAGCCCUGGUCGGGGGCAAAGUACGUCACACUGGUAACACCUUUACUCCUCAACAUCGAUUCUAUGGGCCUGCUGGACGGGGUGUGUCACGCUGGAUCCUCCCUGCACAGCAAGGCCAUACAGAACCUCAUUUCAGGUGGAGUCUUCUAUCGGUGGGGAUUUUAUGCGCCGGAUGGGCCUGCUCUGGACGAUGUAAGCAGGCUGAUGGAUGCUGGGAAGAUCCUGCCAGUUGUGGAGGCCCAGUUUCCAUUUACCCAGGUGCCCCAGGCUUUCCUGAAGUUGGAGCAGGGCCACGCCAGAGGGAAGACGGUUGUCAGAGUGACCGAAGAGGACGACAGAGAGGAGCUGGUGCAGAACAGUUGCACAGAGUUUGAGCAAGAAAGGCGAAAAUUGGCCGAGCAACACUAGAAUUACCAAGCAAGAGUGCUGUGAUUUUUCACCUUUACUCGCCUACUCUUGACAGCUGCAGACUGUAUUAUUCAAAGGGAGCAGAGGGGCUACUGUGGUGCAGCAGAGAGCAGAAUAUGCGUGACCUGAGAUUGUUAUUAGGGUGUUUCAAAGGCUGCUGCUCUUGUUAAGGCUUACACCUACCUGUAUUGUCUUGAAAUUUCACAAGAUGUGCUGCGUUCCUGUUAAGGUGAAGGUUGUUAAAACCAGCUGUGGAAUGAUUUAGCAUUCCUGCAGCAUGCACAGCCGGGGCUUUGAUCACUGCAAUCUAUCCAACAAGGAGUCACAUGAAAUGUCCAUCAACAGACGUGUUUAUCCUCCCGUACGAAGUGAGGCAGAUGCAGCAAGAUAAGAUAUUAGAUUUUCUGUGCAUAUUUCCAUGUGACGUUGUUUAACAACUAUCAUGUCAUAACCAUGGGAAUCUUCCCCAACCUCAUGUGGUAUCUUACAUGAUGUGAAUGCAGCGCUUACAGCCAUUCGACAUUUGGGUAUAAACAGUUACUGGAACCUGAAGCACUUUGCUCGAUGUAUCAAAGAAAUGUAUCGCCAAAAAUACUUUAUUCUGUUGGUUUUUGUGCCGUGUAAUUUUGAUUAAACAAAGAAAAAAAGA